UUGUUUAUUUCUUAAUGACAACUUCAAACGUCGUUUAGUUAGUUUAUUGCGAUGACUAAAAAGUGAAGAGCCAAAAUAAACAAAAUUAAACAUUUCAAUAUUUUAAAUUUGUUUCACGAAAAAGCAGUGAUGACGACAACCGCCGCCAUAAUAUUAACGGUGUCUUUACUCGUCAAUGAUAUUACGUUUCUGUUUGGCCACGAUAGUAGCAUCUUAGAAGAUACAAACAAGACACCGACUUUGGUUUAUCUCUUCAGUAUUUGUCUGAUGCUAUGCCAUUUAAAUUUACUGCCAGAUUCGCUGUACGAAAAAUGUCCACUCAUUUAUCAUAUAUUCGAGGUAAUAAUUUCCAUUGCAAUAGUAGAAUUCUUUUUAUAUUACGUAUGGAAUGAAAUUCAGAAUUUCGUCCACCGUAACGCUGAUGAUAUGAUGGAGGCAAUUACAGAUAAAUGGCAUAUGAACAGGUUGAUAUGCUACUUGUGCUGUGGCGAAACAGGUUGCACGGAAAACUUCAUCGCCCUUGUACUUAAAAUCAUUAGUUUCAACGUUCUGCUCAUCAGUUCUACGGUCUAUUUUUGCGUUGAUGUUUGAUGAUGAUGUUUAAUUUAUAUAUUGAUGUUUUAAUUAUAUUAUUCUUUUCUUUA